AUGCCCAUCUUCACUCACCCACUGCAUUCGGAUGCGACAGUACCGAUCUCCGAGAGUCACUUCCACUACUGCUUCGGCAACCUCGUUACCGCUGAGGAGAGCAAGAAAUUAUGGGAGCGGUAUUGCAUACCUGCAGAUUCUCGGGUCUUAUGGCAACUAGCGACCAAUGUGACAGCUGGAGAAGCGGCGCCUCACUACGUCCAGUUUGACAAACCGGAUAGAGCACCUUUAUUACUCAUAGGAGCCUCGAAAGAUCAUAUUGUGACAGCAAGAACCGUUAGGAAGGAGUUUAAGGCAUAUAAGGGACGUGCGCCAGUGAAAUACAAGGAGUUCGGAGGCAUGAGCCAUGGUCUUAUCUUCCAAGAAGGAUGGGAAACGGUUGCGAAUUAUGUGUUGGAGUAUAUCAACAAGCAUAUCCAUUGA